ACUCUUUGUAUUCACCACCCGCCCAUAGUUCGCAUAUAUUCUCUCUCCUUUUUUUUUUUUUUUCUAUCUCGUUUAAAAUUUGUAAGAAAAUUAAAGAGAAGAUAAAAUAAAAGGAGAGAGAAUCACUGAAAGAGAGAAAAAUGACACUUUCAUUUUGGGUGGUCGUGUUCCUUGGUCUUAUUUACGCAUCUUUUGCGUCAAUGGCUUCUUCACAAUAUGUUGCUCCGGCUCCUGCUCCUGCUCCCACAAGUGAUGGAACAUCAAUUGACCAAGCAAUAGCAUAUGUCCUAAUGCUGGUGGCCUUGCUUCUCACUUACAUCAUUCAUUAGGGCAUCAACAAUGGACUUGUACUUCAAUUCUAUAUCAAUACAGAUCUUUUUCAAGGGCAUGUAACAUGUAAUAGGAGGAAGAAAGAUGUUUUAAUUUGACUAUUGCAUAUUUGAAUAUACUUCCAUUGCUCCAAGGAUAGUCUCAUUCUGAUUUUUUGGUUAUCUCUAUUUAUUGUGAUUAUUCUAAA